GCGCUCGUUAUUGGCACGCCAGAGAAACAGCCACUGCCGUAAAGGUGACAUUUGUCUUUCUGCUCAUCGCAGUCUAAAACAAAUUAGAAAAACCCGAAGAGUGGUUCCACAAAUAUCAACAUGUCUUCUCUCAGGAGGACGGCGGGUGUCCUCCGAACCGGCCUGCAGAUUUUCAGGCGUGGACCUCAGCAGAUGACCGUCAGAAAGGCUGGAGGAGGUCCACACAUUGAGCCUCAGUACAGACAGCCACCCCAGACCACCAAGAGCCAGAAGUUUCAGGCAGAGCUGCUCAGUGGUGCCAUGUGGUUCUGGAUCCUCUGGCACACCUGGCAUGACCCGGAUGCCAUACUGGGUCAUUUCCCAUGGCCAGACACCUCAGCAUGGACGGACGAGGAGCUGGGAAUCCCACCUGAUGAUGAAGAGUAGAUUGGCCCACAACAAUAUGUGCACCAGAUACGUGAUCACAAACCCACACUUUCUGCAUGGGAAACUGGUUGUUCCUGUUAUGUAUAUGGACUUAUUAUCAAGUCUAAUUGUAAACAGCUGCAUUAUAUAAUAAAAAUAAUUAAUAGCCAAACAAA